AUGAAUCGCCACCACGAUCCCAACCCUUUCGAUGAGGAAGAAGAAAUCGUCAAUCCGUUUUCGAAAGGCGGUGGAAGGGUUCCUGCUGCAUCUAGGCCAGUUGAAUUUGGCCAAAGCCUCGAUGCCACAGUUGAUAUUCCACUGGAUACGAUGAAUGACUCCUCACAGAAACAGAGAAAGCUUGCUGACUGGGAAUCAGAGCUUAGGAAGAAAGAAAUGGAUAUUAAGCGAAGAGAGGAGGCGAUUGGUAAAUCUGGUGUCCAGGUUGACGAUAAAAACUGGCCACCGUUUUUCCCAAUCAUACACCAUGACAUUGCUAAUGAGAUACCAGUUCAUGCUCAAAAGCUGCAGUACUUGGCUUUCGCUAGUUGGUUAGGGAUAGUUUUGUGCCUGGUAUUCAAUGUCAUUGCAACGAUGGUCUGCUGGAUCAAAGGCGGAGGUGUUAAAAUCUUUUUCCUUGCCACGAUAUAUGCCUUGAUCGGAUGCCCACUCUCUUACGUACUAUGGUACAGGCCUCUCUACCGAGCCAUGAGGACCGACAGCGCUUUGAAGUUUGGUUGGUUUUUCUUCACCUACUUGAUUCACAUUGGCUUCUGCAUCGUUGCUGCCAUUGCACCUCCGAUAUUUUUCCACGGAAAAUCAUUAACGGGUGUGCUUGCAGCAAUUGAUGUCAUCUCAGACAGUUUAUUAGCCGGGAUCUUCUACUUUAUCGGCUUCGGUCUCUUCUGUUUGGAGUCGCUUCUGAGUCUAUGGGUUCUUCAAAAAAUUUACCUCUACUUUAGGGGUAACAAGUAA